AUGACGGCUAUUCUCUUCUCUUCCUUCCUUCAACUCAACCUGCAUUCGCGGAUUUACGAGAAGAAUCAAGGGACAUUUUUCCUGAUGACGUGGGCUUACACUAGCUACGCCCCGCAUCAUCCCAGAAAAGACCAGCACCUGCUGUCCUCAGUAAACUGCUGGUACCUGCUGCUGAACCAGACAAGGCGAGAGAGCCGCGACCAUGCCACACUCAGCGACAUCUACACCAACAAUGUCAUCGUCCGCUUGGCCCAGAUCAGCGAGGACGUCAUCCGCCUGUUCAAGAAGAGCAAGGACAUCGGGAUCCAGAUGCAUGAGGAGCUGGUGAAGGUGACAAAUGAACUCUACACUGUAAGUAAUACACUAGAGAUCGGUCCCUCACACCCUAUCUCAUCACUGAGCUCUCUCUGGCUGCUGAGGGUCUAA